GAGCGGCUCCCUUCCGGAAGCAGACGGCAGCACUGCGCCGGCUCCGCCUCGCCGGGCCGCCAUCUUCGCUGGAAGCAGCGGUCGCGCCGCAGCGGGAGGUGCUGGGGUCUCGGCCCUGCCCUGCCCGGCUCAGCCCGGCCCGCUGUUCCAUCUCGGCGCUCCUUCUCGCUCUGCUUCCAUCGCUUGGCCGCUGGCUGCGGGCCGGUGGAGCGUCCCGGCGGUGGAGGGGCCUGCUCUAGCAGGGAGAGAUGAGCAACAGCAGUAAUAAGAGAGCACCAACGACAGCAACACAGAGACUUAAACAAGACUACCUUCGAAUUAAGAAAGAUCCAGUGCCUUAUAUCUGUGCAGAACCUCUCCCAUCUAAUAUUCUUGAAUGGCACUAUGUUGUCCGGGGACCUGAAACGACUCCUUAUGAAGGUGGCUAUUAUCACGGAAAGCUAAUAUUCCCCAGAGAGUUUCCUUUUAAACCUCCUAGUAUUUAUAUGAUUACACCUAAUGGAAGGUUUAAGUGUAAUACAAGGUUAUGUCUUUCAAUCACUGAUUUCCACCCUGAUACGUGGAAUCCAGCUUGGUCGGUCUCGACGAUCCUGACGGGCCUCCUUAGUUUUAUGGUGGAAAAGGGCCCCACCCUGGGCAGCAUAGAGACUUCAGAGUUUGCAAAACGCCAGCUCGCUGUACAAAGCUUAGCAUUCAAUUUGAAAGAUAAAGUCUUCUGUGAGCUCUUCCCUGAAGUGGUGGAGGAGAUUAAACAAAAACAGAAAGCACAAGAAGAGCUCAACAGCAGACCUCCAUCCCUCCCUUUACCAGAUGUUGUCCCUGAUGGGGAAGCACACUACGGUCAGAAUGGAAUACCCCUUCUUAAUGGGCAUGUUCCAUUGGCACCUGCCAACCAUCCUGGCCUCCAGCAGGCCAACCGUAACCAUGGACUCUUAGGUGGAGCUCUGGCGAACUUGUUUGUUAUAGUUGGUUUUGCAGCCUUUGCCUACACAGUCAAGUAUGUACUGAGAAGCAUAGCGCAAGAAUGAGGAGAAUAAAAGAAAUCCAAGACCAAAUUAGAGGUAGUUGCUGAGUGAGUGGGACUCUUUGGGCAUCUGACUUUUGACACUGGGAUAAACAUUUGUGUUACCAAGUUGCAGGUAAAACCUUGGUUGGCUCAUGUCUUGUGUUUGGGAAAUGGAGUAUGUUCAGUUAGUCAGAAAACUAAACGACGUUCUGCUCGCAGAUCCUGUUGUCAAGUCAAAGCAUUAUUGAUGAAACACCAACAUUUCUAGUGCUUUGAUUUUUAUAGCACUUCUCCAUCUGUUAUUUGAGGUUGGAAAAAUCUUAAGCAAAUAAAGCUUUUUACUUCAUUGAACAGUUUUUAAGAUUUCACACUUGGUGCAUAUCGUUUUAGUUUCAUUAGGGAAGAGUCUGUACACAACUGGAAACGAGUCAAGUGGGGAAAAUGCAGACUUCAUAAGGAUUUGGUUAAUGUGAACAUGGGUGCUACAGAAAAUAGAUGUUUUCAUUUUUAAAAUAGAAUGAGCAUCAUUGCAUAUCUAGUCAGUAGCGAUUAGAUGAGUGGGGAAAGAACACCGCGUGUGUUAAGUGUGUUGUCUAAAUUGUCACCGUGUAAUUGAAGGUUUGGUUUGGGCUACAGGGGGUGCAGCUGCCAGCCUUUAGGAAGGAUUAGCCAGAGAAAGUGUUUGAAUCACUCUUCAGUGGGAAUACAGAUAGCUGGUGUUGUUUGGGAUUCGUUCGUUUAGGGUUUUCCAUUUUGGGAGAUGCUAUCUUUGGAAACUGUAAUACUUUGUUGUGAUCACAAGGUGCCACUGUUGGAAAAUAAUAAAAGUUCACAGACCAAUGGAGAGUUGAUGACCUCUUGAGGAAAAUGUCCGGAAUCGUUGGGUCUUGGACAUUGAAGUAAACCCAACCCUUGUGAAGUCAUAAAGUCAAACUUGUCUGAGCAACAAAUGAGUUUCUUCAGUGUCAGCUGAAUUAAUCUGAAAUGCCACAAGCCGAAGGAAGUAAACCCCUGGCAUUAGUUCUGCUUGCUUACUUGAGAAUGGGCCAAAAAAAUCCCAAAGCCAAACAAACGAACUCAGAAAGCCCCAUCUACUAAUUUAUCUAAGUUCUUAGAAGCUUUUGGCUUCUAGUUCCGAGUUUGUCUCUGUUCCUCUUCUGCUGAUAGCAAUACCGAUGUUUGUCCGUGAGGUUACAGGAUUGUGAGUAAAACAGUGAAGCUGCGAGUAUAGUUUGAAAGCCUGAAGUUACUUUUUCAACUCAUCCUGCUUUUUUCUUCCUGCAUAUUUUCUCUCAAUGCUUUUUCAGAGGCAAACAUACUGUGCCUUUUACAAUGGGCAGUGAUGUUUAGUCAUCUGGGGAGGGUGCACUUGCACUUGUCAAUGGUACAACAAACUGCCGAAGGUGACAGCAGGGUAAGAAGCUCUGCCUCCAACUGCUUUGUCUUUUAGCUGUUGUGAAGAGCCCAAUAAAUAUUACCUCAUGUAUUUAA